UAUUCAUAACACAUUAAAUAAAUUUUUUUAAAAAAAUAUUUGAUCUGGUCAAAACAAAAUUGCAAAUGCCCCAAAAAAUAAGGAGCUUUAAACGGAAACGGCCCACGAUAAUUUCGUUUAUUCAUCCUAAUCACAACUCAACCUCUCCCAAAAAAAAAAACUGACGAUUUAUUGAUCUUAUCCCCACCAGGAAUCUCCAACUUCUGUAAUUGCAACACCGUACCUUACUUAACAUGUCUGGUCCGGGGGAGGCGUUCGAUCCAUACAAACACCUGAACAUAACGAUCAACGACGACGGAACAUGCACGCGCCACUUCAACGUACCGGACGUGGAGCCAGACCCCGGCCCCAGCCCCGGCAUGCCCACCGCCUCUAAAGACGUCACCGUCAACCACCAGACUGGCGUGACCGUACGAAUAUUCCGACCGACCAAUCUCCCUUCCAACGACAACACCGUGGCUCGGCUCCCCAUUAUCCUCCACUUCCAUGGCUCGGGAUGGGUCCUCUUCUCCUCCAACAGCGUCUCCAACCACGCUUCUUGUUCCCAGAUGGCCAGCGAGUUAACGGUCAUUCUCGUCUCCGUCAGUUACCGUUUGGCCCCCGAGCACAGACUCCCCGCUCCGUACGACGACGCUUUGGACGCUCUCCUCUGGGUCAAACAACAAGCCGUCGACCCGAACGGCGAGCCAUGGCUCAGGGACUACGCCGACUUCUCGCGAUGCUAUGUCUACGGUUCGAGUAACGGCGCCAACAUCGCCUUCCACGUGGCCCUCCGAGCUCUGGACCACGUCUUGACGCCGUUAAAGAUCGACGGAUGCGUGUUUUAUCAGCCGUUGCUUGGCGGGGAGACGAGGACUAAGUCCGAGCUUAGACAUUUCGCCGAUCCGGUGAUGCCCGUGCCCGCCCUCGACGUAAUAUGGGAGCUGGCUUUGCCCAAGGGGGUGGAUAGAGACCAUAGAUAUUGUAAUCCGACGGCAUACUUGCCUCACAGGGAGAAGGUGGGGCGGUUGGGGCGGUGCCUGGUGAUCGGUUACGGCGGAGACACGGCGGUGGACCGGCAACAGGACUUUGUAAAGAUGUUAGUGACCGCCGGAGUUAAGGUAGAAGCUAGGUUUGACGACGCCGGCUUCCAUGGAAUCGAACUCGUCGAUCCACGUCGCGUUGUCGCUCUUCUCAGUAUGAUCCAAGAUUUUAUCAAUCAAUGAUUUUCGUCUUUACUCGAUUUUAUGGUGGAAUCGUUCAGGUUGAAAUGCGCACAAUUUCUUCACGGAUAUUU